AUGAAUGGUGUUAAUGCUUCUGAUGAGGAUUACCAAGAGUUUGUUGAGGUUGAUCCUACUGGAAGAUAUGGAAGAUAUAAUGAAAUUCUAGGCAGAGGAGCUUCAAAGACAGUAUAUAGAGCUUUUGAUGAGUAUGAAGGGAUUGAAGUGGCAUGGAACCAAGUGAAGCUGUCAGAGUUGAUUUUGGCCAAUACUCUAACAAAACCACUAAACCGAAAUGUCAUGGCUGACACAUCGAGGGGGAUGAGACUCAUGCCUAUAUCAAAGGUCAAGAGUGAUGGUAACCCAACCUAUGUGAAUGGAGAUCUCAGGAAGUAG